UUUUUUUCCAGGAACAGCUUUUAAUUGUCACAUGUCAUGACAAAGUCAGUGAGCUCAUUAUACAUACACACACCCACACACCCAACACCGAGUGUGAGGUUCUUUCUGAAGAAGAGAUGAAGACGCUGCACCUGUCUGUGAUUCUGCUCACGCUGUCCGGUGUUCUCACUCAGGACAGGGGAUUGGGUGUGAAAUAUCCGGAUAAUCCGAUCUGUGCUGUGAGAGGAUUCAGUGUCUCCAUUCCCUGUAGUUAUUCUUAUCCAACAUCAAAACCCAGUACUCAGGUGAUUUGGUGCUCAAUGAACUCCAAUGUAGGAGUCUGUAAAAUACCUCCGUAUGUUUAUGACAGCGCAUCAAUCACCACAUCAGACUUUGAGUACGCUGGAGACAACAAAUCAGACUGCACUUUGUUAAUCCACAAUGUACAGUUCAAUUAUUCUGGAGAGUACAAGUUCAGAUUUAUAACUGAUAUGCACAAAUACACAGGUCAUCCUGGAGUGAUUCUACAAGUUGCAGAUUUAAAGGUGUCACUAAUCAGGCUCAGUGGAAACGGAACCCUUAAACAAGGAGACUCGUUAAAUCUGACGUGUGAUGUGAACUGCACACAAAGUUCCUCACAGUUUGUGUGGUCUAAGAACAACGAGCGCUUAAAUACAUCAGGACGCGUUCUUCACUUUCCUGCUGUAACCGUGAGGGAUUCUGGGAGUUACACCUGCACUUGGAAAACCAACAGGGCGUCAGGAUCUGAAACGAUCAGCCUUCUCGUCGAGGGUGAAAAUCCUAAUCAUUGGCCAUUGUGGGUCAUUAUUUUAAUAACAGCUGGAGUGAGUUUCAUCGUCUUAGUCAUAUUAGGAGCUGUGAUUUACAACAAGAGGUUUCUGUGUGACUGCAGGAGUGUCCAUACUGAGCAGAAGAGGAACGAUGAGUCUAAUAUCUACGUUAAUGUCCAGCAGAAGAAGCACGAUUCUGAUAUCUACACUAAUGUCCAGCAGAAGAAGCACGAUUCUGAUAUCUACAUGAAAGUAUAAGAGCAACGAGCUGAUCACAAUUUCACACCUCAUACUCAACUUAAAGGGGUCACAUGAUGUUUUUUAAUGGGUUCCUUUUCCUUUAGUGUGUAAUGUAUGUGUUUGUGCACAAAUAAGAUCUGCGACGUUACAAAGCUCGUAGUCUCCCACAAAUAAAAAAAGGGAUUUAUUCUAUCUAACAGAGAGCUCUGCUCCAGACCCGCCUGAUACACCUCGAUCGACGUCCAGAUAUUACAUCCACAAACGUCUAUGCUACUAUUUAAAAUAUUCGCAUAACGGUGCCAUAUUUUUUUUUUAUUUUUAAUUAAUUACAUUUUUUAAAACUGUCACUUCAGGACAUAAAAUUGUUACCGUGAAGGAGACAAAUUAAACCUUUAUAACGUCGUAUCUGAAAGGUAAGACAGUUACAAAAUAAAAACUUACCACUGUGAAAAUUCUGCUCAAGUCGCGCUUGCAAAGUCGGUUCCGAUGGAUCUGCUCGAUCAUCCGCGUUUUCCGAAUCCGACUCGGGCGGAAACUGAUACGGUAAAACUGGCGAAAUUAUUAAUGUUUAUAAUAGAAUUAGAAGUAUUGGAAGCUGAAGCUAGCCAUUAUGAUACGGGGCGUUACAUUUCCGACACACGCUUGAGGUUUUCGGCCAAUCACAACGCAAUGGGUCAGAUGGCCAAUCAGAGCACUCUGGGCUUUUCAGAAGGAGGGGCUUUAGAGACACCGGAACUCAAUCAGAGCGUUUCAGACAGACUGGGAAUAGAGGUACUUGAAGACUUGAAUAACGGCUGCUGAAAAUGGAGCUCAUGAGGAAUGGGCUAAAAUUCCUCAGGAAUGCUGGCAGAAGCUCUGCAUCUCGUUUGCAGCAGGUCAUAACGGCAAAAGGAGGUCCACUAAGUACUAAAGAUGCUCGCCAUGAAGGGUUUGAAUAAUUUUGAGACUGAAGAAAUUAUUAUAAGUUGCAUUUUCAGUUGAAUUUGUGGAAACCGCUUGAAGCGUUCGUCGUGUUGAACUAUUUCAACUAGCGUCUGUUUGAUCUGUUCAUCGCAAACAGCUGAAAGUCUGUACAUUUUGACAAUAAACCUGAUUUGCACUGGGGGUUGAAUAAUUUUGAUUGCAACUGUAUAAUAAUAAUUAAUUAAUUAACAAACAAACAAACAAACAAACAGGAAUAUAGUUAUCGGCAUGCUGGAUAUCUUCCAGUACAUACAUAUGUAAGGUAGAGUCAUAAAGAUGCAGGUUACAGUUGUUCUCUUGAAGUUUAAAAAAAAGGACAGAAGUAUUUCAUCAGAGAGGGAGAGAGUUUCUUAAGCUGCAGGAGAUUCUGGUGUUCCUCAAAGAUGUUUAUUCAUGACACUGAGUCCAAUUGAUCGAGUGCUAUAAAUUGAUCAGUACUACCCUCUAGUGGCUGAAGCGCUACUGAAGCUCUAUAUAAUUAUAAAGAUACUGUAUAUAGAUAGAUCAGCAUAAUCAUAAAUUAUUAAAGAAGUUAUUAAUGAAAGCAGCAGUGCAGUAAAAUGAAUGCCACCGAGUGCAACAGAUCAAUGAAGGAACAGGUUUAAAUGCACAAUAAUGCCCUGGCACAGUGGUGUGAUUGCCGCGGGUAAGAACAACCUCCCUGCUACAGCAGAGCUCCACCAUUUGACCAGUAGGUCAUGGAGUGGAUGUGAUUCAUUGUCCAGGAUGGAUAAUAGUUUAUUAGC